GCGCGCCAAACGCGGCUACCAACAAACAGCAAACGUAGAGUAAAGUUACUCUAAAAGUAUUUAUUAGUUUAGAGCUAAAUUCACAUUUAACAGCGGGGACACAUGGCUUCUACCAGUAAAGCGCCUCUACCAGUAAAGGCUGUAAAUUUACCAUGGGUUGAGAAAUACAGACCACAGAAACUUGAUGACCUGAUCUCACACAAAGAUAUUCUAAGCACCAUCCAGAAGUUUAUCAGCGAGGACAGACUUCCUCAUCUCUUGUUCUACGGUCCCCCUGGAACGGGUAAAACUUCCACCAUCCUCGCCUGUGCCAAGCAGCUGUACCAGGACAAACAGUUCAACUCCAUGGUGUUGGAGCUUAAUGCUUCAGAUGACAGAGGUAUUGAUGUUGUACGAGGCCCCAUUCUGAGUUUUGCCAGCACCAGGACCAUCUUCAAGAAGGGCUUCAAGUUAGUGAUACUGGACGAGGCUGAUGCCAUGACCCAGGAUGCCCAGAAUGCACUGCGGCGAGUGAUUGAAAAGUUCACAGAAAAUACUCGUUUCUGUAUGAUCUGCAACUACCUGUCCAAGAUCAUCCCGGCACUGCAGUCGCGUUGCACCAGGUUUCGCUUCGGCCCGUUGUCCCCGGACCAGAUGAUCCCCCGCCUGGAGCACGUAGUCCAGCAGGAGAAUGUUGACAUAACUCCAGAUGGAAUGAAGGCCAUUGUGACUUUAUCAUCAGGAGAUAUGAGAAGAUCACUCAACAUACUGCAGAGCACCAGUAUGGCGUAUGGAAAGGUCACUGAGGAUACAGUGUACACCUGCACAGGUCACCCACUCCGCUCCGAUAUAGCCAACAUCCUCGACUGGUCCCUCAACAAAGACUUCACCGCAGCUUACAACCAGAUCCUUCAGCUGAAGACUUUGAAAGGCUUGGCCCUGCAUGAUAUCCUCACGGAGGUUCACCUGCUUAUACACAGAGUUGACUUUCCCCCAGAUGUUCGGAUGUGUCUGCUCAUCAAGUUGGCUGACAUUGAACACAGACUCGCCUCAGGAACCAAUGAGAAGAUCCAGCUGAGCUCGAUGGUCGCAGCUUUCCAGGCAGUGAGAGACCUGGUGGUCAGCGAGGCCUCGUAGAUACCCCACAAUAAACUUUUUAAAUUGGUAGCAACCUUUACUUCUGUUCAUGCUAGAAUACAAAACAAGCGGAUCAUAGCAUUACAUAAAAAAAAAACAAAGAAAGAUGAAGUGGAAAAGGUUGGCAAUAGUCCUGCAAUUGUCCCCUUUUCAUCCUGGAAGUAUCUCUAUCUUUCAGUGCCAGCAAGAACUGAUAAUAGCUUGUUUUUUUUCCAGACAAAUGAUUUCACUGAUAAGCACUCUUUUUUUAAGAUGAGAAAUCAUGUGUUUGUUUAUGAAGAAAGCAGAUACUUUAGUCCUUUAUGUGUGCACCGCAUGUUACCCACCUCUACUCCACACUUUGUACAGUUUGGCAGAUGUCUCUGACACACGUGCCAGCAGCUAUCUGACUCACUAAAAUCUGCGUAAAAUUGAGAACAAUGAAAGGCAGUUGUUUGUAACUAGUACCUACAAAGAUACGCCCUU